AUGUGGUGUCAGCUUUCUCCUCUGAUUCUCUCUAUAUGCUCGCUGUCUGUAACGGCACGUGGGGAGCUCCAGGCAUCGCCUUCCCAGAGGAGAAGCAGCAGAGAUGUUAAUUCUCCAGCUCCUGUCGACUGUCAGCUGAGCCAGUGGUCAGGAUGGACUGAUUGCUUCCCUUGCCAAGAGAAAAAACACCGGUACCGGAGGCUGGUGCAGCCGGCGGGGUUUGCUGGGCAGCGAUGUGCUGGGCACCUCUGGGGUGAGGAGGCUUGUCGUGCUGACACAACCUGUGCUGGGAGCCCUGGCUGUGGGGUGGACUUUCAGUGCCAGGAAACAGGUCGCUGCAUUAAACGGCACCUUGUGUGCAACGGAGAGCCAGACUGCAGAGAUGGGUCUGAUGAGGAGAACUGUGAGGAUGAAGAUAUUGAAAGCCCUUGUGAAGAUCUGUUUCCAAUCCCAGGAGCUGAAAAAGCUGCCCAAGGAUACAAUAUCCUCACAAAGGAGGAGAGCCAGCCUGUGUAUGACCCCAAGUUUUUUGGAGGGCACUGCGAGCAGGUCUACAACGGGGAGUGGCGAGAGCUGCGCUACGACGCCGCGUGCGAGCGUCUCUACUACGCGGACGAUGAGAAGUAUUUCCGCAAACCUUACAACUUCCACAUAUACCAGUUCCUGGCUCACGCUGAUUCUGGAUUUUCUUCUGAGUUUUACGACGACUCAAAGGAUCUGCUCGACGCCCUUAAAAGUGACAAAUCCCAAACAGUAGGCUUUACCAUUGGGAUUGGGCCAGGAAAAUCAAAUCUCCAGUUAAACCUGGGCCUCACUUUAUCAGGUGGCAAAGGAUCACUGAAGAAUUUCACACAAUACUCUGCAAAGGAGGUUGGAUUCAUCAGAGCUGUGACAAAGGUGCAGACAGCCCGUUUCAAGAUGAGAAGGGACAACGUUGUUUUGCAUGAAGAUCUGCUGCUCUCCUUGCAGGAGCUCCCAGACACCUACAACUAUGGCAUGUAUGCCAAAUUCAUCAACGACUACGGCACCCACUUCAUGACAUCAGGCACUAUGGGAGGCAUCUUUGAGUACAUCCUGGUCAUUAACAAGGAGGAAAUGAGAAGAAAAGACAUCAAAGCUGGAGAGAUCAGUGCCUGCAUCGGCGCAUCCAUCGGCGUCGAAGUCAGCGAGAGCAAAGUGCAUCUGGAAGCAUCUGUGUCCUCCUCAUCCUGUGUACAGAAAGGGUUUCUGGAAACAGUCAACUUCCCAGAUGCUGGGAGCCACAGUGCAGUUGUGGAAGACGUUAUUCCCCGGAUUAGAGGCGGAGACCUGGGUUCCAGCGGAGGCCUCUUAAACAGCUGGGAUGGCAACACGUACCGGCGCUGGGGAAGGUCGUUAAAAUAUAAUCCUGCUGUUAUUGAUUUUGAGCUGCAGCCCAUCCACGAAAUCCUGCGGAGAAGCAACCUGGGCCACCUGGAAGCCAAAUGGCAGAACCUGAAGCGGGCUCUGGACGAGUACCUGCUGGAGUUCCACCCCUGCCGCUGCCAGCCCUGCCAGCACAGCGGGGAGCCCGUCCUGCUGAGAGACGCCUGCGUCUGCCAGUGCCGACCAGGCUACGGAGGCCCUGCCUGUGAGCAGACCCAGCGCCCAGGUGGUGAGACCCACGGGGGCUGGAGCUGCUGGUCGCAGUGGGGUCCCUGCCAGGCGGGCAGGACGCGGCGCCGCCGGGACUGCAACAACCCGGCCCCACAGCGCGGGGGGCAGCCCUGCCCAGGGAGAGACGUGCAGAGCAAAGCCUGUUGA